AUGAUCUUCUCCAGUAUAUCCCUCCUCUCGUUGUUAUCGGGCGCACUGGCCAGUGCCGUCCCCCAAGGAGCGAAUACCUGGAAAACUUUACCUUCUAUCCCCAUUGCGCCCCGGCAAGAACAUGGCGUCGUAGCACUCUCGGAAAAGACCCUUGCGAUCAUCGGUGGAAUCGUUCCCAAUCGCGAAGCCAAUGGCUACGAGACGACUACUCUUAUGCAAUUCUUCAACACGCGCUCGAAUUCAUGGCGUCGAUACGUCACUGAGGCGCCCGUGAAAGUUAAUCAUCCCAAUGUCGCUGCAGUCAAUGGCAAGAUCUACCUUCUCGGCGGACUCUCAGAUAUCGAUAAUGGCGCUUGGCGAGCAUUUUCAGACUCAUGGGUCUACAAUCCCGACGUUGACGAGUGGACGGAGCUCGACCCGGUCCCCGAGAGUGAAGAGCGAGGAAGUGCGGCGAUCGGUGUUUAUGGAAAUAUUAUCUACAUGGCUGGAGGUAUGCGGACCUUGGAGCCAGUUGGACCAGGCGGAGAACAAGACACAGUCGACUUUGUCUCUGCCUUCAACACCAAGACUUUACAAUGGAUCGAUCUUCCUUCAGCAGCAAAGAAGCUCCCUGAAGGUCGCGAUCACGCAGCAGCCUCCAUCGUCGGAACCAAAUUCUACGUUCUCGGCGGUCGUCUCCGCGGCCAACGCAAUGUCAAAGACACAGUUUUCAUCCUCGACCUAGAAAAUCUAGAAGCUGGCUGGACAACCAGCGAAGGCAGAAUGCCUACGCCGCGCGGUGGUGCAGUUUCCGGCACAAUCGGCACCAAAGUCUACGUUUUAGGCGGCGAAGGGAACACAGCGCCCGAGUCGGAGGGCAUGUUUGACCAGAUUGAGGCCUUUGAUACAAAGACCGGGAAGUGGGAGGAGCUCGGGACGAUGAAGUUGCCAAGACAUGGAGGUGCGGCUGUUGCGAUUAAGGGUGGCAUUUACCUUCCAGGUGGAGGCAUUACGGAGGGAGGUUCUCCGGUUGAUACCCUGGAUGUCUACUGGCCGUAG